AAGCGCUGCCUUGCUCUCUUGCGCUAUUAAUCAAACACGAUGAAUACUGUUUUCAUUCCUUACUGCAUUUUGAGGUAAAGGUUUAUGAGAAUCUUAAACUGUCCCGUUUUUGAAUAGUUGUACCAGACCUUAGCGUCAGCACUUACUUUAGCUAGCUGCUAGGUUGUUCACCAAACCGAGCCCGUUUCUCUGACCAAACCAAAUGUUCCUGUACAUUUCCUGACAGAGAUUUCACCAGUGACUAUCAAGAGCCAAGUAAAAUUCACAAUGGAGCGGUCCCAGUGGAGUAACAUGCGCAAGCGAGCCAUAAAAAGGACAAAUGACAGAAUUUUAGAGGUACAAAGAAGUCUUUGCACAGGUGUCGUAGAGCACAAUGAGAUGGUAAGUAGUGACUUUGGUGAAGUUGUGGACACUGAGAUGGUGAGUGAGGAUGAGGUCUCUGAAGAUGAUGAUGAGGAUGAUGAUGAGAUUUCUCCUUUAGAUUUGUCCACUGCUCUUUCUACCUGGGCUGUUGAGUAUGGUGUAUCAUUAGUGGCAUUUUCUGCUCUUCUGUGCAUCCUUGGAGUGCAUCACCCCUUUCUUCCAAAGGAUGGGAGAACCCUUUUAAAAACAGCAACGAAGUAGACUCUGGAAAGGUUGGCUGGUGGGGUGUUUUUCUAUUUUGGUAUUUUGAACAUGUUUCGCAACACAUUUGAGUAUUUGUCGUCCAAAUUUCCAGAUAGAAAUGUGUUUAUGUUGCAGCUUAAUUUUGAUGGAUUGCCGCUGUUUAAGAGCUCGUCGACUCAGUUCUGGCCAGUGUUAGGCAUGUUGUGUCACAAAGAUUAUGUUUCCAGCAGGCCACUGUUAAUUGCUUUGUUCUGUGGUGAGACUAAACCCACUUCAUUGCAUGAGUAUCUUGGUGCCCUUGUUCAAGAAUUGAGAAUGCUGAGAGAGGGAUUUGUCAUAGGCUCAAAAACCUUGUUUCUGAAGGUAAGUUCGGUCAUUUGUGAUGCUCCUGCUAGAGCCUUUAUCAAACAGGUGAAAGGCCAUUCAGGUUAUGCAGGAUGUGAUAAGUGUUUACAGCCAGGUGUUUAUGCUCGUCACCGCAUGACAUUCCCAGAGGUAAGUGCUGCUGAUAGGACUGAUGAGUCAUUUGCGAGAGGCACAGAUGAGGAACAUCACAUAGCAGUUUCCCCUCUACUUGAAACGGGUAUCGGUAUGGUCAGUCAGUUUCCUCACGAUUAUAUGCAUUUGGUUUGUUUGGGAGUAAUGAGGAGGCUCUUAGUUUUGUGGUUUGGCAGUUCUGGCCCUCUUCGGUGUCGUCGUUCGGGUCGUGAUAUGCAGGAGAUCUCUGAAAAGCUGAUAAGUUUGAAGGCAUUUGUCCCAGUUGAAUUUGCUAGGAAGCCAAGGAGUCUGAAAGAAAGAUUAAGGUGGAAGGCAACUGAACUCAGGCAGUUCCUUCUGUACACCGGUCCUCUUGUUCUUAGGGGUGUGUUACCUGAGGAAAUGUAUAACAACUUCGUGCUGCUGUCAGUUGCCAUCUCGAUUUUAGCCAAUCCCCGCCUUUGUUCAGCUCUGAAUGGUUUUGCGAAAAGGUUACUUGUGUCAUUUGUGGAGCACUUCAGUAAAUUGUAUGGUCCUGAGUUUGUUGUCUACAAUAUACAUGGGUUGAUUCAUCUUAGUGAUGAUGUAAAGAUUCAUGGUCAUUUAGAUGUGAUCUCUGGGUUUCCAUUUGAAAAUUACCUGUGUACAUUAAAAAAAAUGAUCAGGAAACCACACAGCCCUCUAACUCAGGUGAUCCGUAGAGUGUCUGAAGUUCACAACCAAAAACAUAGCGUUGAAGUUAAGUGGCCAAAAAUGCAAGUAAAUAUAGAGCAUAGAAAUGGGCCUGUACCAGACUUGUUUGAAGGGGUUGUUCUACAAUUCAGAGAACUGGUAGUGAAUGAUGUGCACGUCAGAAUUACAGGAGGAGACAAUUGUGUUCGACUCAAUCAGAUUGUUGCUUUGGUGGAAAAUAUUAUUGUCUAUAAAGACCAGGAGUACAUCAUCUACCGUGAAUUUGCAAAGAUGGAGACAUUCUUUAAUUACCCAGUUGAUUCUCAAGAAGUAGGAGUUUUUGUAGUGUCAAAUUUGUCUUCAGAUUUAAAAUGUACAAGGCUGAAUGACGUAUUAAAAUAUUUCAGGAUGCCAUUUGGGGAACAGGGCCGUUUUGUUGUCUUUCCCCUUUUACAUCUGAAAUAACUUCAUUCCCCCCCAACCCACAGUGUAUUUCAUAGUGAGCUUCAUUAAGACAAAUGAAGUGGAGGUGGUGCCAGCUGUGUGGGUAGAAGGAGAGGUUUGUAAAUGGCCUAACUACAAACUCGAUGCCAUGUUGAAGGCCAUCAAGAACUGUGAGAUGCCUAAGGAGACCUGGACAAGUUUUGACAUCAGGGUUCUUUACAAAGCAAAUAGUUUUAGUGAGGCAAGGUUGAAACUUCGCCGGGCAGAAGAUGACACAGACCUCCAAUCAGAAGCAGAGGAGGGGAGGCCAGAAAAAAGAAAAACCAGGCAUGUCGCAAAUCUGCUGAAUCCAGGAUAAUACCAAACAAGCGCUUCCUCUCGAGUCAGGAGGAGUCUGAUGAGGAGCCUGUGAAGCGCAAACCAGCCCUCCCUAAGGUGCCCUCCAUUCCACCUCUGCCGUCACUGUUGCGUGACGCCAUUUCCUCAUCAGAUGAAAUAUCUCCGCCAGCUAGUCAACUUGCCUCUCUGCAGCUGAUUCACGCCCUUGGAACUCCUGAGCCAUCCUACCAUCUUCCCUCUCAGCCGUCUCGCCACCAUGGGACGCCUGAGCCAUCCUACCAUCUUCCCUCUCAGCCGUCUCGCCACCAUGGACCUCCUGAGCCAUCCUACCAUCUUCCCUCUCAGCCGUCUCGCCACCAUGGACCUCCUGAGCCAUCCUACCAUCUUCCCUCUCAGCCGUCUCGCCACCAUGGGACGCCUGAGCCAUCCUACCAUCUUUCCCCUUAAUCGUCUCGCCACCAUGGAACUCCUGAGCCAUCCUACCAUCUUCCCUCUCAGCCGUCUCGCCACCAUGGUCCUCCUGAGCCAUCCUAGCCGUCUCGCCACCAUGGGCCUCCUGAGCCAUCCUACCAUCUUUCCCCUCAGCCGUCUCGCCACCAUGGGCCUCCUGAGCCAUCCUACCAUCUUUCCCCUCAGCCGUCUCGCCACCAUGGAACGCCUGAGCCAUCCUACCAUCUUUCCCCUCAGCCGUCUCGCCACCAUGGGCCUCCUGAGCCAUCCUACCAUCUUUCCCCUCAGCCGUCUCGCCACCAUGGAACGCCUGAGCCAUUCCAUCUUGCCCCUCAUGCUGCUUCUGAGAUGGACCUGCAGUCUGCAUUACUACGAGAGAUCACCUCCUGCUUGGCAAUGAUGUGUGAUAUGCAAAGAAAUCUGCUGCGGAUUGUUCAGGAUCUCCUUUCUACACCUACACCACAUGGACACCACAUGGACGGAAGUUUUCUGCCGUUGAGGGAUGCUGAGGCUCUUUUGUCGCUGGCCCACGACAUUAAGACAAAGCCAGAGAAGAGAAAGGACUUGGUGCUGACACUGGGCCUUGCUGGGGGCGUGAACCUCAAGGACACUGUGUGGAGGGUCAUGAAGAUGCUUAUUCAGAACGACUUGGCCUGCAAAAUGAAUUGGACAGGCCUCCAUGGCAAAACAUCAUUCCAGGGCCUAGAAGUCAAGAAUGUUGUUACAGAAGCCAUUCGGAGAAAUCCUGGAUGCAGAGAAUCCACGAACCAGGAGGUGGAGCAAUGGUUGAGACGUUGGUUGUAUUUGGCUGGCGAUCGAGAGGGGGGAAGGAGGAGGAGAAGCACAGUCCCCCACCAUCAGCCACCCACCAUCAGCCACCCACCAACACACAACGUCAGCCACCCACCAACACACAACGUCAGCCACCCACCAACACACAACGUCAGGCACACACCAGCACACAACGUCAGGCACACACCAGCACACAACGUCAGGCACACACCAGCACACAACGUCAGGCACACACCAGCACACAACGUCAGCCACACACCAACACACAACGUCAGCCACCCACCAGCACACAACGUCAGCCACCCACCAGCACACAACGUCAGCCACCCACCAGCACACAACGUCAGGCACACACCAACACACAACGUCAGGCACCCACCAACACACAACGUCAGCCACCCAGCAGCACACAACGUCAGGCACCCACCAACACACAACGUCAGCCACCCACCAACACACAACGUCAGGCACCCACCAACACACAACGUCAGCCACCCAGCAGCACACAACGUCAGGCACCCACCAACACAUAAGGUCAGCCACCCACCAGCACACAACGUCAGCCACCCACCAACACACAACGUCAGGCACACACCAACACACAAUAUCGUCAGCCGCACACAUACAUUCCACUUUGGCCCGUUUCUGGCCACACACUACCGUUCAUAAGUUUGUGGUCUUUAUUGGUUUACACAACUAAGUGUGAUUUCUAAAACUAAGCUUUGUAUGUUUUUACAUUUUAUUUGUAUAAAAAAAAAAUUUGUAAAUGUUUACCUAUUUAGGUCAUAUGUUUGUUAAUUGAAAAUAAACACUAAU